CUAAUUCACAUUUGAUUGCGUUGCAUUCUCGCAACAAGCCGCUCUUCACUUCAGAGACCAGGCGGCCAGAUAUCAUCCCAUUCCAACAAUGACAAAGAGAACCAAGAAGGCUGGAAUUGUUGGAAAAUAUGGUACCCGCUAUGGUGCUAGUUUGAGAAAGCAAAUUAAGAAGAUGGAGGUUAGUCAACACAGCAAGUACUUCUGCGAGUUCUGUGGAAAGUAUGCAGUGAAGAGAAAAGCUGUAGGAAUAUGGGGCUGCAAGGAUUGUGGGAAAGUCAAAGCAGGCGGUGCUUAUACCAUGAACACUGCUAGUGCGGUGACAGUGAGGAGUACUAUUAGGAGGCUGAGGGAGCAAACUGAGAGCUGAGCCACCGUAUUCUACUUUGAUAGGAUGAUGUUUUUCAUGUUUUGGCUAAAAACUUGAAUUGGAUCUCUUUUUUGACCUUGUACUAUGUGUUCAAUUAUCAUUUUCAUAUCCAAGUGUUGCUACUUUAUUUAAGUUUCAUCUACGUUAUCUUGUUAACUUUACAUAAAAUUAUUUUAUU